AUGAAGGAUUUACGUAAUUUAUUACCUCAUACCAAAACUGAAAGCAAAUUUUCAAAAGAAGGAUUAACUGAAGGAGAUUUAGUUAAAAAACUUCAUAGACUUCAAAAGAUUGACCAUAUUGCGGCUGCUUUGAAAUGCCCAAAUAUUAUGUAUUUUGAAGUAGAUAAGGAAUCAGCAGAUACUGAACUAUUUUUAUGGAUUUCAAAGACAUCCAUUGGUCCCUCAAUGAGAUUCAAAGUUGAAAACAUUAGUACCAUGAAUGAAUUGAAUCUCAUCGGAAAUUGUUUGAAAUAUUCACGACCUCUUCUUCAUUUUGAUAAGUCAUUCGAUGGAGAUGAGUCAGAAUCAACAACCAGUCACCUUCCUCUUAUCAAAGAAAUGUUGACACAAAUGUUUGCCACUCCAAACAAUCAUCCAAAAUCUAAACCAUUCUUCGAUCACAUUUUUGCAUUUUACUAUUUGGAUGGAAGAGUUUGGUUUAGAAAUUACCAAAUUGUCACCAAAACCUCAAGCAACGGUAUUGCAUUAACUGGUUCUCAAAAACAUGAAUACUCACUUGUCGAAAUUGGCCCAAGAUUUGUCCUUAAACUGACCAAAAUUCUCAAUGGCUCCUUUGAUGGCCGUGUCAUUUACAACAAUGACCCUGAUUUUGUAUCUAAGGCCUAUGUUCAAAGGAUGGAGAGCAUAAAUCUUGAUCUUCAAAAGCAAAGGAAGAUUGAAAAGCAUCAGAGAUAUGUUGAGCUCAGAAAACCUCAAGAUGCUGACGAAGUGAGCUCUGUUUUUAAUUAA